UCCCCCUAGACACAGCCAGGCUAAAGCGACCUAGAGCACGCGUGAAGCAUCGUGUUCCGGAUCUGUCAGAGGAUUAACUCCAGCGCUGAGCGCCAAGCAGAUCCAGCCUGAGUGACUCACAGCCACGUUUCAUCUAACUCUCCCUAGAGCAUCCGGAAGACGGCCAUCUAUCACAAUUUAUAUCAUCCAAAAGGGUCAGAAUAAGAAAAUGAAUUGUAACAAUGUUCUCAAUUUUGGACAGCAACUGUUUCGUCGCAAAGUUGUGGGAUCUGAUUCCAAGGAGAGCAGAUUGUCUCGGUGCCUCAAUACGUUUGACUUGGUUGCGCUAGGUGUAGGCAGCACUCUUGGUGCUGGUGUGUAUGUGUUGGCUGGAGCUGUCGCCAGGGAAAAUGCUGGUCCCGCUAUAGUCCUCUGUUUUCUGAUUGCGGCUUUAGCUUCAGUCCUUGCGGGGCUGUGCUACGGAGAAUUUGGUGCUAGAGUUCCGAAAACCGGAUCUGCAUAUCUCUACAGCUAUGUGACUGUUGGGGAACUAUUAGCCUUUAUAACAGGCUGGAAUCUAAUUCUCUCCUAUGUAAUUGGGACAUCCAGUGUGGCAAGAGCGUGGAGUGCCACAUUUGAUGAGAUGAUUGGCAAACAGAUUGAAAUGUUCUGUGAGCGGCACAUGUCCAUGAAUUUGGAAGGCGUGCUUGCAAAGUACCCUGACAUAUUUUCUGUUCUUAUAAUCUUGGUGUUAACAGGUCUGUUAUCUUUCGGUGUCAAAGAAUCAGCCCUGGUAAACAAGGUGUUCACAUGCAUCAAUGUACUAGUUCUGGGAUUUGUUAUUGUAUCUGGCUUCGUAAAAGGUUCCAUCAAGAACUGGCAGCUAUCAGAAAGUGACAAUAUAACAAAUUUCUUUAACAAUGCAACGGAAAAAGAACCAUGGAGCUACGGUAAAGGGGGGUUUAUGCCUUAUGGGUUUGCUGGCGUUCUCUCUGGUGCUGCUACGUGCUUCUAUGCCUUUGUUGGUUUUGACUGCAUUGCUACUACAGGUGAAGAAGUUAAAAAUCCUCAAAAAGCCAUCCCCAUAGGUAUUGUCGCAUCACUCUUGAUCUGUUUUGUGGCAUACUUUGGAGUGUCUGCAGCCCUCACCUUAAUGAUGCCCUAUUACUUAUUAGAUAAAAAUAGUCCCUUACCUGUUGCAUUUAAUUAUGUUGGCUGGGGUGGAGCUAGGUACGCAGUGGCUGUUGGAUCACUCUGCGCACUCUCAACCAGUCUUCUGGGUUCCAUGUUCCCUAUGCCUCGAGUGAUAUAUGCAAUGGCAGAUGAUGGUUUGCUGUUUAAAUUCCUAGCAAAAGUCAGUGAGAAGAGUAAAACACCAGUGAUAGCUACAUUGUCUUCUGGAGCUGUUGCAGCCCUAAUGGCAUUCCUGUUCGACUUAAAAGAUUUGGUAGACUUAAUGUCCAUAGGAACUCUUUUGGCGUACUCCCUGGUAGCUGCCUGCGUAUUGGUUUUAAGGUAUCAGCCUGAACAGCCAAACCUUGCUUACCAGAUGGCAAGUACAAAUGAUGAAACUGAUAAUAAUGAAUCUGUUAGUAACAGCGAAUCACAAGCUGGGUUUUUAGAAGAUAAAUGGACACUCAGAGCAAUGUUUGUACCACAAAAUACACAGCCAAGCAGAUUAUCUGGAUCUAUAGUAAAUUUAUCAACUAGUUUAAUUGGUUUGUUUAUUAUCGUGUUUUGCUGUUUAACAGUCUUCUGUCAAGAUUCCCUAAUAAAUGGAGAUCCUUUAAUUAUUAUCCCUCUUGCAUUAAUUAUUCUUUUAUGUUCAGUAUUCACCAUUAUUAUUUGGAGACAACCAGAAAGCAAAACUAAACUUUCUUUUAAGGUACCGUUCCUUCCUGUACUCCCUAUUUUAAGUAUUUUGGUAAAUGUUUACCUAAUGAUGCAGCUAGAUAGAGGAACGUGGAUACGAUUUGCUAUCUGGAUGGUUAUAGGUUUUGUCAUAUACUUUGGAUAUGGCAUGUGGCACAGCACAGAAGCUGCAAACUCUGCAACAGAAAGAAAUUUGAAGGAUUACAAAUGUGCGAAUACUGCUCCAAUCCCAGAAAAAGAGAGAUUUCUAGAUGACAUGACGGCAGCAAAUUCAGUCACGGCAUGGGACCAUGAAGCUGAAGCUUGAGCGUUUUUAGUAAUAGACUGUUUUAGUUUGACAUCUUCCUCAACAAGAAAAUAUUGAAGAAUUCUUAGAACCAAAACUUACAGACCAUACAGACCUUUGGUGGUUUUAUAGAAACAGAAACAUUAGCACUCAUGUGCGCCGGUUAACUAUUUAUGCUGCUAUUAUAGCUCAACAAAAAAAGAACUUCUUUUAACAGAUAAUGAAUAUGCAGAAAACACACACAUUAACUAAUCCAAUCAUUUAGAGUCUUCAUGUGCAAAAUAUUGCAUUUACUUGUAGGUAUUGCAUACAUUUGUCAUAAAACCUGCAUGAAUAUGAUUUUAGAAUGUGUGCAAACUGAUGUCAUUCCAAGACUUUGCCCACAUUUCUCCUCAUUUUUUAUUGUUCUUAAACUGUAUAACCAUAUAGAGUAGACAGGUCAAUUUGAUUUGAUGCUUUAUAGAUAUAUAUUACGUAUCUUGGAGUUGAAGGCAUUUCAACAAGUUUACAGCCCAGUUGGCACGAAUUGUGUUAAUUUUAAAAUUCUGAUCAAGUAACUUUUAUUUUUUUAUUGAUUUGCUUCAGAAAUUUAAGCAACUUACCUCUUAGUGCAGUGCACUUGGAGUAUGAACAGAUUUUCCAUUAUAAUAUAUUUUAUAUUUAAUUUGAAAAUAAGAGCAGCUAUUUUCAUGAUUAUUUUAUUUCCGCUGAUAGAGUAUUUCUAGCUUCUGGGUUGGGAGUCUAGUGCAGUGGUAAGGUAAAGAUUCUUUAUCAUGAGCAAACUAGAUUACAUGAGUCCACCCCUUUUCCAAUUCAGGAGAGUCUGUUUUUUAUCCCCUGUGCCUUUUUAAUCUCCUUUUCAUUAUCUAUAAAACAGAUGCUCUGACAUUGCCCAUAGUGGCGCUAUAUGGAGUAGAAAUCUGUGUACUGGUUGCUGUGAUUCUGCCUGAAAGGUUGAUGAUCUGCAGAACAGUGAAGUUUAAUUUGUAAAGUGCUUAAAAGUACUAUAAAUCCCAAACAUGUUAUUUAUUUGUUCUUAUUUAUAUUAUAGUUCAUUUUAUUAUAUUUAUAGUUCACAUCAAAAUGAAACCAGAUCCAAUCAUAUAAAGUUGUUUGCAGUACUUUAUAUCUUUUGAAGCUAAAGUGAUUGGUUAAAAAUGGAAACAAGCUGAAAAAAAUGUAAUUUUUUUUUUUUAAACUUAAAGGGACACUGAACCCAAUUUUUUUCUUUUGUGAUUUCUAAUGUAUUCCUAUUAUCAAUUUUUCUUUGUUCUCUUGCUAUCUUUAUUUGAAAAAGAAGGCAUCUAAGUAAUUUUUUUUUGUUUCAGACUCUGGACAGCACUUUUUUAUUGGUGGAUGAAUUUAUCCACCAAUCAGCAAGGACAACUCAGGUUGUUCACCAAAAAUGGGCCGGCAUCUAAACUUAAAUUCUUGCAGUUCAAAUGAAGAUACCAAGAGAAUGAAGAAAAUUUGAUAAUAGGAGUAAAUUAGAAAGUUGCUUAAAAUGUCAUGCUCUAUCUGAAUCAUGAAAGAAAAAAAUUGGGUUCAGUGUCCCUUUAACGACAAAAAAGGCAGAAAAGAAUUGCUACUCCAGUUUACUGAUGGCUAAGUUCAACUGGCCUCUGAGGCCACGGAAAAUGCUCCAUACUAAGGCUUGAAGUAUCUGGCAGCAAAACUGGACGCUGAGGGGUAGGUGUGUGUGUGUGUGUAUGUAUGUGUAUAUAUAUAUAUAUAUAUAUAUAUAUGUGUGUGUGUGUGUAUGUAUAUAUAUGUGUGUGUGUAUGUUUAUCUUCAUCAGGAUGUUUUAAGGAAAAUUUCUCAUUUAGCAUUAAAGCCAAGAGGAGGGUUUGUUUCGCAAUAUUUAUUUUCUAUUUUAGGAUUAAAUGGCAAAAUAUUUAGCAUAGUUUAUCAGGUUUACCAUUGCCAGUGAUUUUGAAAGGGCUUAGAGUCACUUUUAAACAGAUCUUGGUUUGUUGUAGUCAUUCAGUGACACACUAUCUUUCUCAUAAUAAGACACUAAAUAAAACUUCACACUUUGGGGUAUAUUUAUUAAGCAGCGUAUGCUGCUUUUUCCACGGAAACAUAAGUGAAGAUGCAGUGGUUAUAAGACCGCUGCUUCUUAAGUGGCGGACAGCAAUCAUCCCUUUCGGAUACAAUCGGGAUGAUUGACACCCCCUGCUAGCAGCCAAUUGGCCGCAAAAGUGCAGGAGGCGGCAAUGCUUGUGCAAUGAUAAAUGUCAACAGCGUAUGCUGUCAGCAUUUAUCGGUUGGGUGGACAUGAUCCGCUACAGCGGAUCAUGUCGUCCGACAUUUGAUAAAUCUACCCCUAUGCCUGAAAAUUAUCUUCAUCGUAACUGAUUAAAGAAAAAAAAAUGAUUAAAGCGGCAACUGGGGUGCACAUAUCUCAGGUACCUGAGGUACAGAAUGUGCCAAUUAUUACACUCGCUACUUAGCAUUUUGACCCUAUCAUAAUAUUUGUUACUUUGCAAAAAUCUUUCUGAAAGAAAAUCAACAAUAAAUAAUUUUGUUAAAGAAUAAUCCAAAAAUAAAUAGUUUGAAAAUCUGUUGCUAACCAUAUUUUAAAUGGCUCACAAUAUGCACCUUGGCCAUCAAAAUGUAUGGAUCUUAUUAUAUUGGGGAAACAAAAGCGAGACCGUUUGUUUCCCGGGAUGUAAAACUAUACGGAACACUGGAAAUGUGGCAAAUGGGUUUGCCUACAGAAAGGACAAGAUUCAGUCUUUGAAUAUAAUUUAUUUUUGCCAUUUAAUUUUUUUUUCUCUCUCUUUUUUUUUUACUGUUAUGUGUUAACUUUUUGUAGAACGUAGCAUAUCUUUAUUAACAGUCUAAUGCUGGAGGGUUCUAAUUAAUUUCAAAAUAUCUUGUCUGAACAUUUUUUUUGUAUAUAAUUUCUUCUGUUUGUAUAUAUGUAUAUAUAUAUAUUUGUAAAACAAAAUGUAUUUCUUUGAUAUAGACUUUUAAUUGUGUAAUGUGACUGAUGUGUGCCGCAGGUUAUUUCAACAAAGGAGAAAGCCACAAGUAUACAUUUACCAAAGGUUCUUCAUUAACAAAAUAAUUCCACUGUAUAUGUUUUAAAUCCAAAGCUAUGUUGUAGGCUGCAGGCCCCAUUACAUAAAAUGAAAGUGGGGCAAUGUUUUCAUAGACCGGGCUGGAGGCUGGAAAUCUAUACUAGUCCUGAACUAGAAAGAAAUUGCAGAAGAUAAUUAAAUUUUUUUGCCUAAUCUUAA